AAGGGCGUUUAAACGGAGCAUGCGUCGCGCCCCACGUGAUCGUUUGGUAGUCAUAUGACCAGCAAAGGCGGAAGUAUUGCUUCCUAGUCAGUGUUAAGCUAAGUCCUGAAGUCAGUGCAAAAAUGACCACUUCAAAAUACAAAACUGUAAUUCAAGGAGAAGCAUCGGAGACAGAUUCGGAUGAAGAAGUGUACCUGUCUUCUGGGCCCCAGGGUUCAUUGCCCAACCUUUCUGGAGUGAAGGUUGCUGGGGAAGCCUCUGAAACAGAUGAGGAGGAAGAUGGAAAUUCUGGCCAGUCCAAAACGACGCCACAGUUACUCAGCCCAGACUUGCCACCGCUGGUGGUUUACAGGAAUGAGGAUGUGGGUUCUCCCACCGCUGUUGAAGAGAAGCCAGCCCUCCGCUCCCGACACAGGGGCCGCUACAGCACCCUCCUGCAGCAGAAGCUGAUUGAGAGUAAUGCCCGUUUGUACUACGAUGUCAAUAGCACUGUCAAGCAGGUGUACCAGACGGCCAUCAAAGAGAUCGGGGCCAUUACGGGGCAGCUCAGUAACUCACAAAAUGGCAUCAUCAAUGCCUCACACAACAUCCGGCUUGUCCUGGAGGACCUGAGGGCUGUGGCUGAAAAGGUAGACAUCAUCACCAGCUGCAACCUGCUGCCGGAUAUCCAGAUACAGCUGCCUCCAGCACAAACCUAAUCCUGUCCCAGAUUGUCCCAGAAGUGAAGGAGUGUUAAACUGACCCCUUGGCUGUAAGGUACAGCUUAAAACAAAACUGUCACAAAGAGCCUUUGCUGCCUGGUGUGUAAAUCACAGCAUAUGCAAUCACAAUGACUCCUCUAGUAACCAAGCAAAUUAAAAUGGUCCUGUAUAUAUUAUCGCACUUCAAAAAACUGUUGCAUUUUCUGAACUGAUUUUUAUUAUGUUGUUUACAGUUUACAUGGAUAUAGGUAUCUGAAGCAUUUGGGUAACAAACAUUAGCCUCGAACAGACAGGAGACUAGUCUGCAAAAGUAAAGGUUUCCCCUUGACAUUAAAUCUAGUCGUAUCCUACUCCGGGGGUUGGUGCUCAUCUCAAUUUCUAUGCUGAAGAGCCAGCGUUGUCCAUAGACACCUCCAAGGUCAUGUGGCCAGCAUGACUGCAUGAAGACCCGUUACCUUCCUGCUAAAGUAGUACCUAUUGAUUUACUCACAUUUGCAUGUUUUCAAACUAGGUUGGCAAAAGUUGGGGCUAACAGCGGGAGCUCACUGCACUCCCCAGAUUCGAACUGCUGACCUUUCGGUCAGCAAGUUCAGCAGCUCAGAAGUUUAACCUACAAGUGGGUCUGCAAAAGUUGUUAAUUCAUUAUCCAGAGAAAGAAAAACUACAGCCAUCUCUUGAAGGUGACCAAGCAUAUAGUUAUGAUUAGAUUUGGAUGGAAGAGAACUGAACUGUAUCAUAUCUAUCUUAAUACAGAGUCAUCUGAACAUCUUUUAGUGGAAGAAAUUUAGUGGAAGAAAGGUGUGUGCAGUACUUUGCAUUAAAAACAUCACUUUAUAUAAA